CACAGUAUGGACAUGUAAUUAGGUGUGAGUACAGAACGUUAUAUGCGAUGGAGAAAUGUGUUAUUUCCGCUCUGUCAUGUGGUGGAAUUAUAGAUGGAUAGAUGAAAAAUCGCUUGAUAGGCUAGAAAAAAUUGCCGAUGGAGAGCACAGCCACAGGUGGAAUGCUAUGUGAUGCUUGAGGGGAUUACAUUCGAGCUGCAGGUAUUCUGAAGAAAUUAAGAGGGACUUCAGAUAUCGAAUGAAUUAAGGAUGGGCACGUUCGUGACCCUGGCGGAGGUGCUGGAGGCCCGGGGGUCACCUCUGGAGGAGGAUGAGGUAUGGUGUCUGCUACUGGGCACCGCCGAGGCCUUAAUGGAAAUCUCUCACAAAGGUCCUGGUAACAUGUGCAGUGUACUGAGCCCUGGCUCAGUGCUGCUGUCAGCCACUGGGAACCUUGCUUUCAAGAGCUGUCCCCGGUCAGAGAACCUUGGUUCCUUCACUGCUCCAGAGGUACAGGAGGGGCACGCUGCCUCCAACAGGACGGCCUCGGAGAAGAUGAUUGUAUAUUCCCUAGGAAUGACCCUCUUCUGGUCCGUUGAUUAUCAACUACCUCAAAACCAGCCCAUUCUGCUGAGUGACAACCUGAACAACCUCUUACUGAGUAUGUGUGAGGACACGGUCCACAGACGAGCAGAUCUUGUGACCGUGCUGGAGACCUGUGAACAGCACAUCAAGGCUGCUCAACUACCCCUACCAGAGAAGCUCAUCAGACAGCUAGUACAAGAUGUCUUCAGGGACUCUGUUGAUCAUGUGUCCAUGGCUGAGAUUGGUCCUCAACUUACUGACCGGAGUCAGAUGGUCAGAGAGAGGCUUCACAGUCUCUCAGGAAGUGCCUCGUACCAUAACUCCACCUGGGCACUGAGAAACAGAAGCACCCCAACAUUCCAAGGUAAUCUGUAUUUUUUUUCUCCCAGAAUUCCCCAAGGGUCACGUCACAGAGAGAGUUACUGCAGCUAUCAGUCACGUAGCCCCUCUAGCCCGUACCUGGAUGGCUUUCGCCGUGGCAGCGUCAGACCUGUACCAUACACAUAUCUAAACGGGUCCAUGGUCAGUCUUAAUGAAAAGAAAGCCAAGGAUAUGGGUCCUGAGUUCAUUCGAAAGUUAGACGAGCCUCUGGUUGUCUUGGAGCUGCCCGGAUCCAUUGUGUCAAAGAAAGGGAAGUCUCCCUCCUCUAUGAGGGAGCUGAGUGUGGUCAUGCCAAACGGACAGAGCAUCCUGGUCAAGUGCGACGUCAAGUCAGGAGGAGGGGAUGUCUUUGAUAUGAUUGUUGCCCACUCCAAUCUGGUGGAGCACUUCUACUUUGGCCUUGCUUACAUUGAUGACCAUGAGUUUUUCUUCUUGGAAAAUGACACAAAGAUAUCCAAGGUCGCCCCCGACAGUUGGAAGAAAGUGCCUACCUCCACGUUUGUCCUUUUCUUCAGGGUGAAAUUCUUUGUCCACGACAUCUCUCUCCUUUUGCACAAACUGACUCGUCACCAGUACUACCUACAGCUGAGGAAAGAUAUACUGGAGGACAGGUUGGCCUGCCAUGAAGAGACAGGCCUAUAUCUGGGUGCCUUGGCUCUCCAAGCAGAGUAUGGAGACUGCAUGCCUGAGGUUUAUGGGAGGAACUACUAUCGACCAGACCAGUACGUUGCCAAGAGCGUCAUGGAGAAAAGAGCCUUGCCUUACCUAAAGGAGGAAUUGCUACGGUUACAUGUCAGUAACUCCACGAUGAGUACUGACGAGUCCGAACUUGAGUUCCUAAAGGCCACCCAGCAGCUUCCUGAGUAUGGCGUUCUGUUCUACCGCGUGGGCCGCGAGAAGAAGCCAGUCAUCGGAGAACUGAUCUUAGGAGUGUGUGCCAAAGGAGUCAUAGUGUAUGAGGUUAAAGAUAGCUCCCGCUCCACAAGUCAGACAUUCCACUGGCGGGAAACGGCCAGUAUUUCCUCCUCUGUGAGUAUCAUGCCUUUUUAUGAUAAUGCAAACACUGUUUUUUUUUUUCAUUCGAGUUACACUUUAUUGAAGGGAACUGAGGAAUACAAGGAGCGCCGUAAAUUUGUCAUCGAGAGCAGAGGGAGCAAGAAAAAACACACCUUAGUCACAGAGCGGUCCAAGACGGCCACGUACCUGUGCAACCUCUGUUCUGCCCAGCACAAGUUUCACAAUGAGAUGAACUCUCGCCAGCUCGGUCACAGUCUGGCCUCAGAGGAGAGCAUAGUGCAGUAUGCGGCAGUGUGUCGGGCUCAGAACAGCCGUAGCCAGAUGAACAGCCAGGUGAGCCGGUGCUCUGUCUCUGAGACCAUACAGACAGACAGCGGUCUGACCACACCGCAGGGCGACUCCAUGACCAAACUGUGCGAUGACAUUGCCGCCAAGAUCGAGGCGCGGAUCAAACAGCAGCGUGUCCUCCACGAGCAGGGCAUAGGGAGACCAUUGACUGGGAACCUGUCACCAGCCCUGUCUCGUGGGUCUGGGAAGUGUGGGUCUGAGGCACCCUCCAUGUCUUCAGCAGCCAGAGAUACCCCAACAAAGAGUGUCAUACCAGAGAGAGAAGUCAUUUGUGUGUCCUUAAAGAAAGACCCGAAGUUCGGCGUUGGUAUUGUGAUAGUUGGAGAAGACACGGUGGGGAAGUACGACCUGGGUAUCUUCAUAGCAUCCAUCGUGCCGGGGGGACCAGCGGAUAAAGAUGGCCGCAUCAGACCAGGUGGGCGUCUGAUCUCUCUGAACCACACCAGUCUGGAGGGCAUGACCUUCAGUGAGGCUGCAGAGGUCAUGCAGAACAGCCCACGGGAGGUCACACUCAUUGUGUCCCAGCCCAAAGUUUCCUUGACACCCAACAGCGCGAGAUCUCCGCUAUUGAAGAACUACGAGUCCCAGACCACUUUGAUGACUGAUGUACACUCUGGGGAGGACGACCUGGAUGAGAUCGUGUCUGUCAUGUUGACUCCAAAGACUGGCAGUAGACUGCAACUCCCUGACGUACGCAUCCUCAAUGCUCAGGAUGGCUGCUCCAGGGCUCCUUCCAUGAACUGCUUCAGGGGUGACGAGAUAUCUGUGCAGCUCAAGAAGAAUGCUGGAGGAGGGUUAGGGAUCAGUAUCGCUUGUGGUGUGACCACAGGCCUGCGUCAUGGCGGUGUUUUCAUCAAAAGCCUAGUCUGUGGAGGGGCUGCUGAGCAAGAUGGCCGCAUCCAGUCAGGUGACAGACUGCUGGAAGUGGAUGGCAUCAGGUUUCAAGGGUUCACACAUCAGCAGGCUGUGGAAUGUCUGGCGAAAACAGGAGAGGUGGUGACCAUGGUCUUGGAGAGGGAGAACCUGACCCUGCCCAGGGUGUCUCCGAGCCCAGACACAGGGAGCAGUCUCCUGGGGAGCAGCCUGUCUCCCCGGAGUGCCCACCUGGACAUCACCCAGAUGAGGAACAACAGCUGCCCCGCCAUCAUCACCCCCUUCUUCGUCAGGCCCAAGGACUACAGUUUUGUGUCUGACAAUAACACUCUGGAGGUGACCUUGAAGAAGAGCCAGAAUGGCUUGGGCUUCAGCUUCCUGGUCCCUGAGCUCAACCCCUCAAAAGGAGACUCAGGCAGUAGUCUUGUCCGGAUCAAGAAGCUUUUCCCUGGCCAGCCAGCGGAGGAGAGUGGGCGGAUCCAGGAGGGUGACGUCAUCCUGGCAGUCAAUGGAGAACCGCUGAAGGGAUUGUCCUACCAGAGGGUGGUAAUGCUGCUGAGAGGCUCUCCUCCUGAAGUCCGGUUGUCUCUGUGCCGUCCUGCUCCAGGAAUUCUGCCUCCCAUUGAAACAUUGCUUAGCACCUGAGUGAUGUAACAUCACAGUACGUGAGCACCAAUGGAAGUUCAGGAAUAUACUUCUUGAGAGACAGACAGGAGAUGUUCAAGGAGCAGGACAAGUGGAGAUCUGUCCAGAGGAAAGGGCAGGACAGGUGGAGACGCAUCACUGCAUUCAAUGAGUCAGAGGUGUUGCGUGAGUCCCCCGGCAGACAAGAACCAACUGUGUUAAGCAGGAGGCGCUGCUUAGGGCAACUCGUGAAGUGAUGAAAAUGCUAAAUGAUGGAAAUCUCUUUUUAUUUAGACGGAGCUACCGAAUGUAAUCUGGUGCAAAGGGAUGACGCCCCCGGAAAGCACAUGAAAACAUCGUUUAAUGAACUCCUACAUUCUGUUUAGUCAUAAACCUACUGUAGGAUCACACUGAUUCUGACAUGGGGCCUAAAAGCCACACUACAUGAUGGGAAAGCUACUCAGUGACAUCACCCUAAAUUAGUAGCAACUAGCAUGUGUAGCAUGUAGAGGUUUUGCUGUGACACAAGCAGAAUGACACACCUGUCAAAGAGGCAAGAAAUAGUGACAUUCGAUUCUGUUCUUUUUUCUGAAGUCUACAGUCUUAAACUCUUCUGAAUAUCAUCAGUGGUCUUGCCUUUGUGAGUGUGUGUUUUCGUAACUGGAGAACCCCGAAGUUGACCCACCGGGAGGUACAGUGGCUUGCAAAAGU